UUAACGGCCCCGCCCCCUUGGCCCGCUAACUGGACAACUGAGCAUGGUGAUUGACAGGUGUGCCCCUCCCAAUCCAGCCACAGAAUGGCAAUGCCUCCCAGCCCCCUGGCCAUGGAAUAUGUCAAUGACUUUGACUUGAUGAAGUUUGAGGUAAAACGGGAACCUUCUGAGGGGCGACCUGGCACCCUCACAGCCUCACUGGGCUCCACACCUUACAGCUCAGUGCCUCCUUCACCCACCUUCAGUGAGCCAGGCAUGGUGGGGGCCACUGAGGGCCCCCGGCCAGGCCUGGAAGAGCUGUACUGGCUGGCCACCACGCAGCAGCAGCUGGGGGCUGGGGAAGCACUGGGGCUGAGUCCUGAGGAGGCAGUGGAGCUGCUGCAGGGUCAGAGCCCAGUCCCUGUUGAGGGGCCUAACAGCUACUAUGCAGGGAGCUCAGAGGAGACAGGAGCCCAGCAUGUCCAGCUGGCCGAGCGCUUUUCCGACGCGGCGCUGGUGUCGAUGUCUGUGCGGGAGUUAAACCGGCAGCUGCGGGGCUGCGGGCGCGACGAGGCGCUGCGGCUGAAGCAGAGGCGCCGCACGCUGAAGAACCGUGGGUACGCGCAGGCCUGUCGCUCCAAGCGGUUGCANCGGGCCGAGGUGGCCCGCCUGGCCAGGGAGCGCGACCUCUACAAGGCUCGUUGUGACCGGCUGUCCUCCAGCGGCCCUGGGUCCGGGGACCACCUCCACUUCUUUCCCUGAGCCACUUAGGGCCGAGGAGUAGUGGAAUAGGUUGGGUUGGGGAUCACUAUACAGGAGGCAGCUGUUCUAUUCACGAGGUGGUUAUUGAGCGCCUAGUGCCAGACACUCCUUUGUAUGACCACAGCAAUAUCCCCAAAUUAACUGGAUCCUCAAGGCAUGCUCUGAGGUUAGAUGAUGGUCAUUUUCUGGGAGAGGGUUCCCCUCCCCUCAAGCAGGCCAUGCACAAAAACUCUCUCCUUUUUGUCCAAAUCCACACGACCAGGAUACUGAUAUCUGCAGGAGCCAGUGCCAGGCACUGUGUGUGUG